AUGCUAUUCAAACAACAGGCGCUGCUGAGACAGAAGCUCUUCAUCCUGGGCAGCCUCGCGAUCGGGAGUGUCCUCUAUCUGGUGGCCAGGGUCGGGACCUUGGACAGGCUACAGCCCAUUUGCCCCAUUGAAAGCAGACUGCCUCCCGCUGAGCCAGAGCAAAUCCCUCUCCGCACCCUGCAGUUUAAGCGUGGCCUGCUCCAUGAACUACGCAAGGGCAAUGCCACCAAAGAGCAGAUCCGCCUGCACCACCUGGUCCAGCAGCUGCCGAGGGCCAUCAUCAUUGGGGUGCGCAAGGGGGGCACCCGCGCCCUGCUGGAGAUGCUCAACCUGCACCCGGCAGUGGUCAAGGCCUCGCAGGAGAUCCACUUCUUUGACAACGACCAGAACUACGCCCGGGGCAUUGACUGGUACCGAGAGAAAAUGCCCUUUUCCUUCCCUCAUCAGAUUACCAUUGAGAAGAGCCCUGCCUACUUCAUCACAGAGGAGGUCCCUGAACGCAUCUUCAAGAUGAACUCCUCCAUCAAGCUGCUGAUCAUCGUCCGCGAGCCCACCACCAGAGCUGUGUCCGACUACACGCAGGUGCUGGAGGGCAAGGAGCGCAAAAACAAGACGUACCACAAGUUUGAGAAGCUGGCCCUGGACUCCAACACCUGCGAGGUGAACACCAAGUACAAAGCUGUGCGGACCAGCAUCUACACCAAGCACCUGGAGCGCUGGCUCAAAUACUUUCCUGUGGAGCAGUUCCACAUCGUGGACGGGGACCGCCUCAUCAUGGACCCGCUGCCGGAGCUGCAGCUCGUUGAGCGCUUCCUCAACCUGCCCUCAAGGAUCAGCCAGUAUAACUUGUACUUCAAUGCCACCAGGGGGUUUUACUGUCUGCGAUUUAACAUCGUCUUCAACAAGUGCCUGGCAGGCAGCAAGGGCCGCACCCACCCAGAGGUGGACCCCUCAGUGGUGACUAAACUGCAGAACUUCUUUCACCCCUUCAAUCAGAAGUUUUACCAGAUAACUGGGCGGACCUUCAAGUGGCCAUGA